GCUCUUGCUGGGCGACGGGAGGAUCGAGGCCGAGCGGCGUGUGUACGUACCUACUGAGCUCGUGUGCUGCUGUGUGUACGUACCUACUGAGCUUGUGUGCUGCUGUGUGUACUAUGUAGGAUGCGACGCACCGGGUCGCCGAGUCGGAUCGGCGCCGGGGUGCUCUCGAGGCAAGCCGCCUCGCCUGCAUGGUGUGGGCUCUGGAUAAGCCUCGAGUGCGCAAGAAACCAGGCGAGCGAGGGCCGAUCACCGCGGGCCAAGAAGGUGAUCGGUGGAAAGCGGCCGUUGUGGCCGAGCUCGAAUGCCAUUGUGACGAGAGCCAUUCGUGGCGAUGGCCAUAUUAGCUGUGUCGAGGUUGAUGGUGAGUGACGGUGGUGAUGAUGUCGGAGGCAUUUCGUUCCGCAUUUCUGUGCCUGAGACUCGGAUGGCGCAAAGGGCCGCAAAGGGCUGCAUUAGACUCGACUCGACUCAACGGCGACGUCAGGCAAGGCCUGGAUGGCAGUCUAGAGGCGGCGCAGCAUCGCUGGCAGCAAAAGGCAUCCCAGAUGCGAAACGAUGGGGCAGCGACUUCUCGUCGUCCGAAUUGGCUAAGCGACUUUGGUGUGCACUGUGGGUGGAUUGGAUUGGACAUGGCGGGGCAGUCCCAGACACGAGCAGGAGAGAAGGGGCCUGCGACGUCAACUUUCACGGGGUGCCUGUCCGGCCGGAGUGUGUCCCCUGCACAGGCUGGCUGUCAGCUGCCGCGGGGUGGUUUUGGGGGGCUCUGCAACUGUUCCCAGCUGGUCCGGAGCUGUCAACGUUCAUCAAGGCAGGCACGACAGGAAAGCAAGCUCGCCGCUACUGCGGGCGGGAAGAAACCCCCCCACCGCCCCUGCGCUGGGGCUUGGUCUGUGCUCCACCUGUGACGUCCAAACGCCCAUCCCCAGGGGCCGCCUCCACCUCAGGGGAAUUGGAGAGAUUUGAGGUGCCUGGAACUGCAACGCUCCGGUUUCUUGUUUCGAGUCGCCUUACAACCUCCACCGCACCGCGCACACGGUCCGCAAGACGAGCUCUUGUUUCCGCCCUACGCGGUGGGAAAUCCGCGCUAUCCUUCUUUCGCUUGCUCAUCAUCUCAAGUGCAACUCGGCGGUGUUUUGGUGAUCACGCACGCCCAACCGAUCAUGCAGCACUGCACUGCGGAUAGUUCGGACCGUUUAGCUGUGUCGUCUGUCUUGUGUUCGGGCUUUUCUGGUUAGAUGCCAGGAACUUCUUUCAAUAUCUCGGGCAGGGACGAAUGCUAGAUAUCGAGGCUGUCCGCCCGUCGGCUUUGUUGGGUAUU